AUGUGGAGAAUAUGGAAGCUCAGACUACCACUAGAUGAUAUUUUGAAAAGGAUAAAGAUUGCCAUUGUGUCUAGAUGUUAUUGCUGUGAUAAUCCUCAACAUGAAGAAACAGUACAACACCUGUUUCUUAUUGGGAACUUAGCUACAUCAGUUCGGCUUUAUUACACCAGUGUUGUGGGUGGGAUAGGUCCUAUGGUGAAGCUACAUCAGACAGUAUGGAAAUGGUGGGAUUUCAACUGCUCACCAAAGUUGAAGCCUAAUAAACAAGUUGCUUCUGCUUUUAUUUGUUGGCAAUUAUGGAAGAGAAGAAAUGCAAGAGCCCAUGGUGAGACAAUGAGCAAGAACAAAGUCAUAUAUUACAUUAACCAGAAUUUAUAUCAUUUGGUUGUGACAAGGUAUCUUUGGCUGAAGAAUAUACCACAAGACUGGCCUCAGUUGGUGCAAUUUCUAGAAGGAUAUAAGCCAAUUAUGAAGAUUAGGAGGGUACAAUGGAGAUACCCAAUAGUAAGAUGGUAUAAAUGCAAUACAGAUAGUGCUUUAAGGGGAAAUCCAGGUGCAUGUUCAGCAACUUUUUAUAUGAGAAACAAUGAAGGAGAUGUGGUGUUUUCUAGUGCUAGGAGGUUGGCAGACACAACUAAUAUUUGUGCAGAAGCUGCUGCUAUAUAG